AUGGAAUUCGAGUAUGCACAUUAUGUAGAAGAGAGCAUUCGAACGAUAUUCUUCUACCCGAAAUGGAAGUACGAAGAAUUUCACAAACAUCCGAAUUCAACCAUUGCAGAAGCUUUCCGGAAAGGUUACGAAGUGGUGUACGAUCUAGACAACACGAUCGAAAUCUAUCACUGGAAUCGUUUCUCUAAUCAAACGAUUACGAUCGAUCCUCACAACAUUAUCGUACCGGACGAGAUACGCGAUUUGCACGGUUUUGAGUUAGAAUUUUUUACGAUGUAUUUCUCGCGCAGUUCAAUGACAUUCGACGAGUACUUUAUUGAGCAGAUCUGCAGCAAGAUAAACGCCACUGCUGUCAUGACGAAUCAAAACUCAAAACGAUUAGCAAUCGGUCUACUGGUAGGAAUAAGAAAUGCGUACGUUCCUUUUAUGAUACCUGCUGCAGGAACUUCAUUUUUAGCAAUAAUAGUCCCUCGAGGCAAGCCCAAGUCAAUCGUGUCGAUACUGAUCGAUCCUUUCGACAUGUACACAUGGAUCACAUACUUAAUACUAGUCCUUACAAUGGCGACUACCCUCGCCUUGUUUGGAGAGCUUCUCGGAAGACGCAGUUUCUAUGAGAUAGUCCUUGAAUUGAUCAUGAUAUCCCUCGCUGGCCCGUCAAGAGCAUAUGGAGGAUCGUUUGAGAAUCGGAUCAUCACUGUAUUCUGUCUUAUGGGAAUAGUGUUCGUAUCGUCCUACCAAUCACUGAUCAUCUCCUUCAUGUCAUUCGCGCGCUAUCAUCCCGAGAUCAACACGCUGGAGGAGAUACAAGAACGGUGCAUUUUUAAGGAAGGGGAGGACGCACAAUUUUUCAAUUUUAAGACAGUAAGUUCUAACACUCGUAUUGGUUUGGGUAAGGCUUGUUUAUUUGAAUAUGGAAGAGAUAGCGAACAACGAAGCAUGAUGAUAUCAUCAUACAUAGACCAUGAAAUGCAUACAUAUUACGGCGACGACUUCUUACGUUACAGGCAUGAAAACUAUCGUUACGCGGAUACGAAAUUUUUCGAGUACCAAGUAUGUUAUCUUAUGCUUGCCGAGCUUAGGCCAACAUUUAAGUUCUACAUUGAUGCAAUUUUCGAAUCAGGCAUCUAUGAGUAUUACUACAACAACAAAUCACAUCCCGACUGGCACUAUAAUCAAGACACCUUUGUUGAUCGGGUUGUCACUGUAGAAGAUCUUACAUUGCUGUGGUAUGCUUAUGCGUGUGGCACCUUACUGAGUGUAGUUUGCUUUGUGUUAGAAACAGUUAUUCAUAACGAGUUUCGAAACUCCAAAUAA